UUCACUUAAACCAUAGUUAACUAUGCUUAAACUCAAUAUUUUUCUUAAUUUCUGAAGCUGCCUGGCUUGUUGAUGUACAGGAUCUGCAUCUACAAGAUUUUUCUCUAGAUCUAAGCCUUCAUCAGUGUUCUGUGAGUACCGAUCAGAUGAAGAAAACGAACAUAGCUACACGGAAUAACUCUUCAGCCUUCUGUUAUCUGUUUUGAAGAUAUACAGUUGUUUGAAAUCAGCCAGCCAAAUGAUGACUGCUUUCUGGCUUCAGUUUUGUUAAAAAUGAUUGUUUUGAUAUGACCCUCUGUCAAAUUUGUGCCAUACAUAUGAAUUCUGCAUACUGAUAACCCAAGGGUUCAAACUGAAGAUGGUGAUGACAAUUGAAGAAAGGAGAUGGCUCGUGGUUGGAAUUGUUAUGAACAAAGUGGCAGCUCCAGUCUUACGAGAUUACAUUAAACAAGGAAUGGACACUCAUUACACAAACCUGGACACCCACUGCAGCCGCCUGGCCCCACCCUGUACCCUAACAACUCUGACUUACCAUCAGGUCAAAGCUCAUCCCAACCUUAGAACACUGAAGUUUCAGAAUAUUAAUAAAAAUAUUCAUUUACAUGGCAAAUCCCUAUACAAUCAUAGGGUAAAUGAUCCAGUUGACCUGGCCAAGCUGUAUUUGCCAGAGUAUCUUGCACAGUUUUCAGCCUUUGAUGAGUCACUGGACAUAAGUGCCAUACUUCGCCUGUUAGGGUUUAGUAAUCCUACACCCAUCUUUUCCCCUCCAAAUCCAUUUAUUCUCAUUCAGUCCUCGGCAGAUGAUGUCAGGAACAAUGUCAGGAACAAAUGGGGCCAUUGCAAUUUCAGUGACUGGACUGAAGCUUUUUUUAAAGAUUGUUUCGUCAAGCUGGAGACAUUGGUGAGAAGUCUGGGAUUGACUGGUGGAAAGGAGAAGACCGUUUUAGAUGAACUUUCAGAUUGGCAAACCAAAGGUUGCCAGCUGUCUAUGGGUCAUGCUGUCGAUCAACAGCUUCUUUCUCUGGUUCAGCAGGACGUUAAAGAUCUCAGGGCAAACUUCGUGAAAACUCAGGCAGAACUAUCAGCCUUACAAGAAUUAGUGGAUCAGCAGAGAACAGAACUACUCGAAGUGCAAGAUAGCAUUUCCCAUCUCCGUGUUGAACACGCUGCAACGCAAGUUAACUUGCGAGAACACGAGGAACAGAUAGGAGAAAUAAAGAAAUGGAGAGAACAGCAAAUCAAAGAGGUCAAAGAAAUUCUAGAAAAACUUUAUGCUGCUGAGAAAGCCUUUGAGGAGGAAAUUCGUAUGCGCUUACAACAAGCAGAAACACGGCUCGCAGAGUCAGAUGUCAAAGUGAAACAACUGCAGGGAGGUCUGGCCGAGACAGAUGAGAAAGUGGAACAACUGCAGGAAGGUCUAGCAGAGACAGAUGGGAAAGUGGAACAACUGGGAGAAGGACUUAUGAAAGUGGAACAACUGCAGGAAGGUCUGGCCAAGACAGAUGUGAAAGUGGAACAACUGGGAGAAGAACUUAUGAAAGUGGAACAACUGCAGGGAGGUCUGGCCAAGACAGAUGUGAAAGUGGAACAACUGCAGGAAGGUCUGGCCGAGACAGAUGAGAAAGUGGAACAACUGGGAGAAGAACUUAUGAAAGUGGAACAACGGCAGGGAGGUCUUUGUGACAAAGUCAAAGAACUGGAACUGGUUGUGGGAGAUCAAAGAAUGAAGCCGAAUGUCGUGGAGUGCCGUUCUGUGGGACGUUUUGAUGUGGAAACCUGUCGCUGUAAACUCGCAGAACAUUACAGGAGAACCGCCACGGUACCCACCUCCGUCUGGUCUAGAAAAUGUCCCGUGGACAUGCAGCAGAUUUAUACUCGACUGACGUGGGUGAAACAGGAGCAAACACCAGAAGGGUUAUCAAAGCCUGAACUGAAUCACUACACUGAAGUAUUCGAUGAAAACGAGAAAGGAUAUGUAUCCAAUAGGAUACUUGUGCAAGGGGAGACAGGUAUAGGAAAGACAACGUUUGUGAAGAAAAUGGGUUUGGACUGGGCUGAACUUGUGGACGAAAGAACGAUUGACAAACAAUCUCAAGAUGCGGGGACCAGUUGUGAAGCUGAAGAAAGUGCGUCAAAGGAACCGCCAAAGGAAGAGGUCAUCAAAGUGAGUGUAAAUGGAACAAACGCACUGAAGAGAUUUGAGCUCGUUCUCGUCAUUAAUCUGAAAGAGGUAUCCAAAUACUCAGGUCUUCGGGAUGUCAUUUGUCACUGUAAUAUUUUUCCAGAGGAAGACACAGCGAUGGCAGAACAGCUUCUAGAUUAUAUCACCAACAAUCAAGAGGAAGUCUUGCUUGUGUUUGAUGGCUACGACGAAUAUCGCUGUGGAAUGAACUCUGAAAUUUACGAAAUAUUCAGAGGCAAGAAACUGAGAAACUGUUGUGUGUUGAUAACAACCCGAACUUCCAAAGCUGACGAUCUACUUGGUGAGUUCAAAGUCGUUCACGCUGAGAUCACCGGUUUUAGUUUUGAAGAGAGAAUGACCUUUAUGUGCAAAAUGCUUGGCGGCGAAACAGAAGCACGGGAGCUAGUUCAGCACCUAUGUGAUGAAGAGCUGUUUGGCCUAGCGCGAGUCCCACUACUACUUCUUUUUUUUUGCACGUUGUGGAAAAAAGGAAAGUCGAAUAGCUUUCCAGAAACCAAAACGAAGUUGUAUUAUGGAAUCGUGCAGUACGUUUUGGAUCACAGUCAAAGAAAGGGUUUCCCCGCUCGCUUUCACAAGUUAGACAAGUACAAGGACAUUUUGGUUGAAAUCGGAAAGGUGGCUCUAGAAUGUCUUUUAAAGGACGAUCACGUUUUCGAAUUUGAUCAACUUUCCGUAUCCAUCCUUUGUGAAGAAAGCGUCUUCAUUGGUUUACUUCAAGUUACUGAGUUCUCAGAAAGUCUUCGACCCGCAGGGAUGGUAUCGUUUAUUCACAAGAGCAUCCAAGAGUUCUUAGCAGCGUGGUAUAUUACCUACAAAUGUGUUCCCGAGGGAGAUCUCGGUGAAAUCAGAGACAAAGCUCGUACAUUGAAAGAUUGUCGAUCGCUGGAGAAUGUAUUUCAGUUCAUUUGCGGUCUGUCUGACGUUGGAGCAGUGAAGGUUUUUCAACACCUGGCAUCUGUUAGAAUCGCAAAUUCUACACUGGAUUUAUCAAAAACACUCGCAGAUAUUACAAAUGAGAGAAAUUUAACACUAUCUUGCGUAACUUACAAUCACACAGUCUUGAGUGAAUUAGUAUGCAAAUCCUUUCAAGAAGUUGAAUCAAAACCUGAGCUACUAAAUCAUUUUUUCGAUUGUACUGGAAGAAUUGUCCUGGUCACCAGGCAACUUACUGAACUUUUGAAAAAAAUGAAGUUGAAACAUUCGACUAAGCCUUUACAAUCAGAUGUUGUGUUCCUCGCUCUAAACAACGACUGGACGAAGUGCCAAAUUCUGCAAGAGUUGGCAAAGUGUCUGGAAUGCUUGCAGAUUCCUCUGAAAACAUCUGAGACUUCCACACUGGAAGAGUUCUUAGUACACUUCCAAAAAGAAGGUGAACCUUAUUCGCAAAUUCCUCUUAACACAUCUAACACUUGCAAAGUGGUGGAGUUCUCCCAAAGAAAAGUUGAAGCUCGGAAUUGCCAUUGCAAUUUCACUUCCAUCCUACAUUUUUGUAAUGAUCAGUUUCAGUUCAACGUGACAAGUUUUAAGCUGUGUUGUCCUGGCCAUAUAAGUCUCUUCCCAGCCACUGAUUCAACGUACAAAUAUUUGAAUAGCAUUACAUUUGAGUACCUCCACGAUCCUAUCUGUGAUAUUUUGGAGUCGGUACCAAGUCCUAACAAAUGUACUUUAACUAUUCGCAAUACUUGUGGUUCUCACCUUUCCCUCGCAUCAGCGAGAAAAAUUGGCAAUUUAAUCCCAAGAUUUAGCAGUAACGCUCGUCUCAACCUGGGCUUCUCUAACAGCUCUGCUGCAAAAGUAGAGGCGUUAGUUACCGGUGUCACUACCGGUGUCAAACUCCUCGAGGGACUGUUACUUGUACUUACACCACCAGACGCUGCAACGCUAGGUCGGUUACUCCCCGAAAUGUCGGCCUUGGAAAAUCUCUGGCUUGUAGGAACACAUGGAAGUGUUUGGUCAGAUGAGGAAAUGGAGACACUGUUUGGCGGAUUUAACAAAAGAUUGCCUUUGCGCCAACUUUGUCUCAGUCAUUUUAGCGUGACAGUUUCUCUUUAUCCACUUAUUAAAAUUUUACACUUCUUUCCCAAUAUGCAGUGUUUAAGACUUGUCGACAUCAAUUUGAAUGGACAGGACUUGUGUCAGUUACUCAGAAGCCUUGAAUUCAUUCCCUCUUUGGAAGAACUCACUGUUGAAGGCAAACGACAGCGUUACCCAGAUUUAUGCUUAGCGUCAUGCAAAGAGGAAGUUUAUAAACAAGAUGGCUUCAUUCACAACGCAUUGAAGAGCCUAGUACUGAGCGAAAUAGAACUGACUCCAGCAGCAGCCGUCGUGCUCGGCCGACUGAUUCCUGAAAUGCCAUCCCUAGAGAAACUCGCGUUUACUUGGGGAACUGAAAAUAUCAGAGGUCUCUUUUCUGGAAUGUCUUCAGGGCGACUCCAAUCAACCAGAAAAGAUGGAAGUAUUUUGGAAGCUGGGCAAGUGGAGGCACUGUUUGCUGGAGUUAAUAAGCCUUUGCCUUUGCGACUCCUUACUUUUGGCGGCUUCACCGUGAAGGGCUGUCUUGCUCCAUUAGCUGAAAGUUUUCAAUUUUUUCCACAUAUACAAACCGCAGAAUUAAAUUUUGACUUUGUUAUUGAUGACAAUUAUUUCCCCAGUUUUUUGGAGAGGUUGAAGUACAUUUCUCACUUACUAAGGGUACAGUGUGAAGCAGUGACCAACGUAGGUUCUGCUGAAGAGGUAAACACAGUGGGUCGUUUGAAACUGCAACAUGGUUAUCUUUGCCUGUAUGACAUCACCCUGACUCCUCGGGCGGCCUCGGCGCUCGGUCGUUUGCUUCCUGAAAUUACGACCCUGCAACAGUUUGUGUUUACCGCGAAGGAUGGAAACGCUUUGGAAGGCAAAAAUAUAGAGGCCCUUUUUGGCCAAUGUCGCAAAGAGUUACCUCUUCGUGAGCUUAUUUUAAAGGGAAUAAUUCUAACUCCAAAAACAGCAGCAGCGCUAGGCCGGCAACUUCCUGGAUUGUCUUCCCUCGUAAAGUUAGAGUUCUGUGGAGUUAAUGGAAGCGUUCUCUCGGCCAAGGAAAUGGAGGCGCUGUUCGGUGGACUUAACAAAACAUUGCCUUUGGUGGAGCUUUCUUUAAGAUGUUUCUUCGUGACUGGCUGUCUUGCUGCAAUCAGCAAAUGUUUACGCUUCCUUCCUGAUUUACAGCAUUUGACCAUAGACGAGGUGACCGUGGAUGAACAUAACGUCUUCCACUUGCUCUCCGGAAUGAAAAAUGUUCCAAAAUUAAAGAAUUUGAGGGUGGAGGGGAAAUCCCUGAAGUGUUCAGAUUUGUGUUCAGAAAAAUUACCCACAGACGUUUGUUUCUCUCUAGACGCUCUCCAUUCAUUGUUCCUUCAUGGAGUAAGCCUGACUCCAGAAGCAGCUGCGGCGCUCGGAAAAUUACUCCCAGAAUUAUCAUCAUUAGAAUUUCUUGCACUGAGGGGAAUAGAUGGAACUUUCAUGGAAAAAGUGGAAAUAGACUCUCUUUUCGGUAGAAGUAACCAGACUUUCCCUUCGGAGUGGCUUGAAAUCAGUGGCUUCCACCUUAGAAGUUGCCUAGCACCACUCACUGGUCACCUUUGUUGUAUCCCCGAUUCGACAACGCUAAUGCUUGACAUUUACAUAAGUAACAGUGACUUUGAUCUAUGUGGAUUUCUUGACACUGAUUUACUUCUUUCGAGUUGUAUUGCUGGUUUGCGUUCAUUGAGGGUUUCGUGUAACGCAUUGAAUCCUACAGUCUGUAAUGAAAAGGUCAGCGCGAUGUCUCGUUUGAACCUGGACAACCGUCGCGAUUUAACACUGCUUGACAUCAACCUGACUCCAGCAGUAGCCUCAGCGAUCGGUCGGGCCCUUUCAAAUAUGUCGUCUCUCAAUGACCUCGUUCUAGUAACAAGAGAAGAAACGGGUUUGAAUGGUAAGGAAGUUGACGCGUUGUUUGGCGGCUUUCAGGAAACUUUGCCCUUGCAAAGUCUUACUUUCAGAGGCUUUAGGGUGAGAGGUUGCCUGGCUCCUCUGGCUAAAAGUUUUCUAUCCUUUCCCAACUUACACUUCGUGGAUCUUGACGUUGCCUUCAACUCAGGAGAUCUACAAAAUUUGUGUGGCUUUUUGAAGAGUUUAAGUUUCAUGAAGUUUUUUAACUCAUUGAGUGUCCAGUGUGAAGCAAUGGCCUGUCCAAAUGGAACGGAUGAAAUGAUUACGGUGGGGCAUUUAACAGCACAUGGUCGGGAGAUGUCAUUGAGUGGAAUUACCUUGACUCCUGCAGUAGCGGCGGCCCUUGGUGAGUCACUUAGUGAAAUGUCGUCCUUAAAAACCCUCUGGUUGACUGGAGGGGAUGGGUGCAUCUUGAACGCUGAGGAUAUAGAGGCACUGUUGGUUGGUGUAAAGGAAACUUCGCCUCUACAACAUUUUAAACUUAGUGGUUUCCGUGUGAGAGGUUUUCCUUCUCCACUCGCUAAGAGUUUAAGUUUCUUCACCGAUUUGCGCCAUGUCACUCUCAACGUUUCCUUCAAAUCAGAUGAUGUACAGAAUGUUUGUGGCUUUCUGGAGUGCUUAGGUUUGGUGAAAAAUCCCAACCCUUUAAGUGUACAGUGUGAAGCAGUGGCCGGUCUGGAUGGUGCGGAUGAAGCAAACGCAGUGGGUCGUUUAACUACGUCGUGGGGUGGGUUUCCAAAUAUCUCUUUGAGUGGAAUUACUCUGACUCCAGCAGCGGCGGCGGCGCUUGGUCAGUCACUUGGUCGAAUGUCGUCCUUACGAUUCCUUAAGUUUACUGGAGGGCACGGGUGCAUCAUUAACGCUAAAGAAAUAGAGGCACUUUUCGGUGGUUUCCAAGAAACCUCACCUUUACAGCAUCUUUCUUUCAGCGGUUUCCGCGCAAGAGGUUUCCUUGCUCCUCUCUCUGAACGUUUUAGCUUCUUUCCCGAUUUUCACAUUGAGUUUCUUGAUGUUGCCUUUACCUUAGACGACGAACAGAAUGUUUGUGGUUUUUUUAAGAGCUUACGAUUUAUGGGAAGGUUUACCUCUUUGUGUGUAAAGUGUGAAGAAGUGGCUAGUCUUGACCGUAGGAGUGAAGUAACCAUAAAGGAUUUUUUACCGCUAGUUUGUCGAGCAAUAUCUUUGAAGGGAAUUACCUUGACUUCUGAAGCAGCAGCGGCGCUUGGUCGGUCACUUUGUGAAAUGUCGUCCUUAGAAUUCCUCACGUUGACUGGAGGGAACUGGUGCAUCAUGAACACUGAGGACAUUGAGACGUUGUUCGGAGGUUUUCAGGAAACUCUGCAUUUGUACAGUCUGACUUUCAGUGGUUUCAGGUUUAGAGGUUGUCUUACUCUUCUUACCAGAGGUCUUAACUACUUUGUCGAUUCUCAAAUUGAGCAUCUUUAUAUUUCCUUCUGCUUAGAUGAUCCACAGAAUGUUUGUGGUUUUCUGGAAAGGUUACGAUUUAUGAAAUCCUUCACCUCUUUGAGUAUACAGUGUGAAGCUGUUGCGUGUUCUGAUAUUGCUGUUAAAAUAUACCCAGUUGCUGAUUUGACAAAGAAGUUUUCGCGAAAAGUUGAAGUAUCCCUGAGCGGAAUUACCCUGACGCCAUUAGCAGCGGCGUUCCUCGGUCAGUCACUUUGUGAAAUGUCGUCCUUGGAAACCCUGAAGUUGACUGGGAGGGAUGGGUGCAUUUUGGACAGUGAGCAAAUAGAGGCUUUGUUCAGCGGUUUUCAGGAAACCCUGCCUUUGAGCAAUCUCACUUUUAGUGGUUUCUUCUUGAGAGGUUGUCUCGCUCCUCUCGCUAAAAGUUUUCGUUUCUUUCCCGAUUUGGACUCUGCGAGUCUUCUCCUUUACUUCAACUCAGGUGAUCUGCAGAUUGUGAUUGGUUUUUUGGAAAACUUCAGAUUUAUGAAAUGUUUUAACGCUUUGCGGAUACAGUGUAAAGAAAUAGCCUGUCCUGAUGGUACGGAUGAAGAAAACGCAGUGAGUUGUCUAGCAUCGCAGGAUUUCUCUCGAGAAAUACUUUUGAGUGGAAUUACCUUGACUCCAGUAGCAGCAGUGCUCGGUCGAUCACUUCGUGAAAUGUCGUUCUUAGAAGGCCUUUCUGUGACUGGAGGAGAUUGGUGCGCCUUGAACGCUGUUGAAGUAUAGGCAGUGUUUAGUGGAUUAAACAAAGCGAUGUCAUUGAGCGUGCUUGAACUUAGUGCUUUUAAUGUUCAAGGUCAUCUUGCUUCUUUCACCAGCAGCUUGAAAUUCUUCCCGGACUUGACUUGGUUAUCACUUUCCAUGUUAAAUAUGGGUGAAUACGACUUGAAAAGUCUGCUCGAGAGCUUCGAAUUUAUCCCUUCGUUAAAAGUACUGGUGUUGUCACACAAUCCACUGGAUCAAGCAGUAAAAUCUAUCGUUCCUCACCUCGUCAAAUUGUCAGAACUGUACUUCAUAGACUUACGCCAAACAGCUUCUACGGAAGAUUUAAAGUACGUUCGAGAAACAAUUCAACGGUUGCGACCUCAACUCAAAGUUUGCAUCCGCUAAGAAGAAACAGAAAGAUGCAGCGUAUGUUGAACAUACUCAAGGAAACGUAUGAUGCACGAUCCUCGCAGUAGAUAGCGCUAUUUAAGCAAUAGCGAAAAGCAGACCUGAAAAAAAU